AUGAACGAUCGCGAUUUGCUCCAAAUCGACCCGAUCGACCGGAAGCGUUUUGAAUUGGAGCCCAGGGCGCAUUUAAGUGUUGCUCCUGCUAGUGAAAUCAAAGGUCAUCCCACAAUAAAUUUCAAAAAAAAAAAAAAAAAAAAAAAAAAAAAAAACAUUGAAGCAGAGACCCAGAAUGAGAUAAGAAAUAUAAAAACAAUCUUAUCUGAAACUGAAACGGAAUAUCUGGAGGGCAACUCUGAAUUUUCAAUGCCAUCGACUUCCGCGAAUUGGAUUUCAGGAGCUUACUUGACCUCUAAUCCUGUCGAAAGCCACAGCAUUAAAACCAACGAUAAUGAUGCUGAAGAAGGAGACUGUGAGAAUGAAUUAGCCAUUGGCAUAUGUGACGACCAACUUGAGAGAGAGAGCCAUGAGGGAAAUGGACAACGCCAGCCUGGUGGAGGUGGCCAUGCAAAAGUACCAGCCGACUGGCAGACAGGAAAGGGGAAGAUGAAACGCUUCCGACUCUCGCAUAACCAGACUCGAUUUCUCAUGAACGAAUUUGCUCGCCAAGCUCAUCCGGAUGCCGCUCAUAGGGAGCGCUUGUCGAAGGAGAUCCCAGGUCUAAGUCCGCGUCAGGUGCAGGUUUGGUUCCAGAAUCGGCGAGCCAAACUAAAACGUCUAACAAACGACGAUCGAGAACGGGUGUUGAUCUCGAAGGCCUUAGCGGAUGGCUUUGACAUCGCACGAAGCAUUCAUUCGCCGUACGGGAGUUGGCACCAAUCUUCCCACACCCUCGCUUCCCCUGGGAGUUACUUAAAUGCCAACCAGGAAGGGGGAGAGGAAGAUAUACUUACGCCUUUGAUAGUCGAUAUUGUGGGCAGGCUAAGUGACGAAGACUAUGCGAUAUCUCCGUUAAGCGCUUCCUCUAAUUACGACAGCUACUUCCCCUCACCGGCUUCAGCGUCAGCCUCUGGGUCAGAACUUGAUAUGCCGCCAAUAACAAUAGGAGGCGAUAUCGCGUCGCAUUGCCCAUCAUUUUCCAACCCGCAAACAUCAAGCUUCCAAUAUAUGAGUCCGUGCACGAGUCCUGGUAGUUUUUCCCAUUCUACUUCGCAAACUUCUCAUCAUCACAUCCAGGCUAUGGAACAACAAGAUACGACGAGACAGAGGGCAGGAUCAUUGAGAUCCCCUCCCCGAGCAAGCAUAUCAUCUACCCACGCCUACAUGGGGUUGGAUAUGCCAUGUAAUACCCACUCAUAUGACAAUAUCACCUCGCAGACGUUCAUGGAUACCAACGUUAGCCAUGCACCCCACAGCCAACUACAUAAAUCAGGCCAGCCACCCAAACCCUCAUGA